GUAUAAUUCGUGAACCCAACCAAAAGUAAGUAACAAGUAAACAUGAGCCGGUUGGUUUUCACUAGUCUUGCCACUAAAUCCUUCUUACUGCCUCCCUCUUUCUCUUCUUUUCACUCGAAAAUUUUCAAAUCUUCUUCUUCUAGGGUUUGUAGGAUGGCAUCGGAAUCGUCAUCGUCGGAGGCAUCAUUGUCACCUUCUCCUUCGUCUGCCAUCGAUUUCUUGUCUCUUUGUCAUCGCCUGAAGUCAACCAAAAGAGCAGGAUGGGUGAAAAGAGACAUUAGAGGCCCUGAAUCUAUUGCAGACCAUAUGUACAGGAUGGGGUUAAUGGCUCUUAUUGCUUCCGAUGCCCCUGGAGUCAACCGAGACAAGUGUAUAAAAAUGGCAAUUGUGCAUGAUAUUGCAGAAGCCAUUGUUGGAGACAUCACUCCCUCAGAUGGGGUCCCAAAGCUGGAAAAGAGUCGGCGAGAGAAAGAAGCACUAGACCAUAUGUGCAAACUUCUUGGUGGAGGACCACGAGCUGAGGAGAUAUAUGAGUUAUGGAUGGAAUAUGAAGAGAAUUCGACAACUGAAGCUAAGGUUGUCAAGGACUUCGAUAAGAUUGAGAUGAUACUUCAAGCUCUUGAAUAUGAAAAUGAACAAGACAAGGAUUUGGAGGAAUUUUUUCAGUCUACUGCAGGCAAGUUUCAGACUGAUGUUGGUAAAGCCUGGGCCUCAGAGAUAGCAUCAAGAAGGAAAAAACAAGACUAGAAAAGGUCCUUGUUCUUAUGCAUUUAGAGCUACACUAAUUCAUGUUGAUUCACUUGACUAGUUAGUCAAUCUUUCUUAGCCUGCUUACCUUUUGCUUCUGCAACUUUCUUGCUUAAUAAAUCUCACUCUUUGUUGCAUCACAUCUUAAUC